AUGGCCCGCUGGGAGCUGGCCAAAAUCACAAGAAAGAGAAAGCCAUGGGUAAUUCUUGCAAUAACAUUAGCGGUCAUUGUAUUAGUACGUAUUAUGCAAACGCCUUCCCCGGAUGAAAUCAAAAUAGCUGACUUCAUGAAACAGUGGUGUCGGAUAAGGCAAGCACGUGUAGACUGGGAACAAAUGCUGAAACCAUGUAAAGGAAAUCUUGCGUGGGGAACCAAACUUCCCGGAUGGGAAUUCGAGUUCCGCACAGAUCCGGAUGAAAGCUAUAUUUCUUUGUGGGAUAUUCGUCCGUGUGGAGAAUUCAGUAGGCUUAGUAUUAGAACAGUAACAAGCAAAGGAUUGGAGAAGAAAAUCGGUGGGGACUCGUGGAGAGUUCAUCUCAAGGGUCCGGCCUCUGUUGCUGGGACUGUUAUUGAUCAUAUGAAUGGGACCUAUGAAGUCUUGUUCCUGAUUAUUGAGCCUGGGAACUACCAAGUAGAAGCUAUACUGGAUCAUUCACUUUGUGAUGGGUUCGCUGAUCCACCGCCAGACUGGUUUAUUGUUGGUACGUUAUAUAUCUAUUAAUGGUGGCUCACAUAAGUUAUAUUCAAACCAAAGGUCGAUUAUCAAUGAAAACACUGUUCACGAAUUUGUUUUUUGCUUGCUUUCUCUCAUCUUAUCAUGUUAUUAUGAGUUUUGAAUUAACUUUGUUGUACAAUAAUCAAUUCAUUAGGAUCAGAAGUAGGCUAAGUUUACUACUUUGUUUUGUCAUUUGUUUUCUAUGCUUUAAUUUGGUUUUGCCUUGGGUACAAUAAAAUAAGAUGACACCAAUAAUCAGUAACUAUAAAGACCUUUACUUUUCAUAUUUCUCUUGCUUUUAUGGAGGCACUCAAAAAGCAAUUUAGUUUGUUCUUUCUUUUAGCCACAAAUUUUGUCAUCAGGUGCUUCAACAGAGGAUAUUCUCUAUUGGGUGUUUUCGAACAUGACCUCUGAAUGUCUUUCAUGUACUUCACUUACACUUGUUCUUGAGAAUCGUUAUCAAUGAAAACUAAUGACUGGUCCCGAGGGAAAUAGUUAAUUUUGUUUCCCGAGAAUCUCAAUGUUUCCCGAGGCGAAACCUGUCACGGCGGUCGCCGGUCAACAUUCACUGGGUAACAGUACACUGUUACCCUCUGAUGCCAUAGACUUUGCAAUGCUGCCCUCUCAGAGAUUUUGGUGGGAAACAGUUUCAUUAUUAGGUUUUACGUGACCUCAAAGUAACCAAUGAGAGCGAGCUGUUUGGAAGAAAUUUCCAGCUAUAUAACAAUCUGUAAUAUACAUAUAAAACGCAAGAUACUACCUUUCAGGGAAUGCACAAGGCAAAUUCCAACAAGAGGGAGUCCUAGGUCCAACUAAGAGACCAGCUGAGCGACCAUACAUAUUGAAACCUCUAAGGUUUGGAAAUCCAGUAUGGAUUACCAUUCGUCCCAUACCUCCCGGAGAACAGCCUUUGUAUCAAGGUAAAGUUCAUAUACAGUCUUAAGAAUAUAAAUUAAACUAAAAUGCAAAUAAAAGGUUGUGAAAGCUCUUCGUUAGCAAUUUUUCUAGGGAAAGUUGACAUGACAAAAUCGAACCCUGACUUUUGUGACUUAUCAAGCCAACUGGAGAGCAGGGUAAUUGUGAAUUCGUGAAUAUACCAGAUGUUGGAAAUAGAAUAAACGUCAAAAAAGGAAAAGGCGAACACGCGCCAAACGCCCAAACGGCCGGAGCUUAUCCCGGUUUUCUUAGCAUGAAAAAUGGCUAGGAGUAUUGCUACUCCCCCUGAACGGGAUGCCAGUCUAUCGCAGGGUUACUCCCCCACCCCCAGUAGUGUGUACCCAAUUGUAUCGCUGGGUGAAGAGAGACAAAGUGGAGCAGAGUUCCUUGUCUAAGGAAACAACGCUUGAACCCCAGACCUCCAGAUCCAAAAUUCCAGGUGUUAACCGCUCAGCCACACACGCCUCCACAAAAAUGCAUCGGUAUAUAUAGCUACAAAGCCGGUGAAAAAAGAGCUCGUGCUGAAAUAUCCACAAUCAAUGUUAGAUAACAUUUUCAGGGGAAUGUUAGCUAGAAUGAUGUUAGCGAAUGAUAGGGGAAUACACACUGUACCUUUUAUGUAUCUUCAUCAUAUGCGUGACAUUGCUAACCCUCUGGUUUCAGUGGUACAGUCCGCAGGUGCAGGAUUAGACCUUUCUUGUGGAAUCCGCUGCAAUUUUCUUUGGGAUGGAUUUGGUAACUGGAUCAGCAGUCAUCAAAGAACGCCAAGAUGGAAGCCUUUCAUUGCAACAGAUGGUAAGCUGGUUAAAGGAGGUCAAUCAACGAUGAUGAGCACAAGAUGGAUGAUCUUGUGUGUGCAAAAAAAUGAUCUUCUGUGUGUUAUAACAAUGCAGUGAGAGAGGAUGUUUCUAAAACGGGAAGCGGGGAAUUGCACUUGGAGCAGGACAAUGGAAAAUGGGAACAAAACCUAACUUGAACCCUAGACCCAGUAGUAACUUCAUUUCCAAUUGUCUCCAUUGUUUUCAUUUUUUUAAAUUUCCCGCUCCCUAUGCUCAUUCCCUGCUCCAACCUCGUUCCCAGGGUUCUCUCCCACCCUUCCCUACGGAAACGAGGUUGCCCUGGCUCCCCGUUCCUCAUUCUAGUAACAUCCUGUAGGAGGGGAUUCCUUCCCAAUGUGUUUUUAUAACUGUUAUCACGUGGUUGAUAUCUACUGGUAUGUUUUAUCGCCAUUUUUUACUCCAGUCAUUGGGACUAAAGAAAGAACGUGUCAAUCCUACAGGGUUUGUCUCACUUUUUAGACAAUACGUACUAAUACUGACACAAAAACCAGUCAGGAUUAAAAAAAACAUAGUUCAUCUCCUUUCUAACAAUAUUGCACGCGAAGCAUAGAAAAUUAAACAAGUUACUUCAGCUUUUAAUGAUAAAAACUAAACAUGUUAGUCUAUACUUAAUACUGUCUUUUCUUUUUUCAAAGAAAGUGUUCUCCUCCCAGCAAAAUUGUUAACCCACACUUCGACUCCUUUCCCCUUUGUUUUCUUUCUUUUAUUUUAUUGUAUCCUAUUUUUAGUUCAAACAUCAUUUUGUUUUGAAUUUAAUUAAAUAAUUCAUAAUGUAAAUAUACACAACAAAAACUGAUCAACAACUGACCCGCUUCAAUUAGCCUUUGAAAUCUGCUGGUGAAAUUAUUUUCUGUAUUAUUGUUUUAUAAAUCCGAAACAAAGUUGUUACUUGUUGUUGUUAACGGUAUUUGGUCUAGACAGAUUACGGUUUUGAAACAAAACGACCAAAUUCGGGUAAAAAAUAUUUCGAUCUUUUCACGGCACGUGCUCUUGCCAUUGCAGAUAGAGACAGACACAGUUCACUGAAUCCCAGUCCUCUCCGGCCCGAUAGUGUGCUGUGGAUAUACGGGGACUCCGUCAGCGAGCAGUUUUUCUGGGGAGUCAGACCACGCCCGCUAUGCAGUACUGUUUUCAAAUGGUGUGGACACACAUACAACUGGAUAUAUCAGUUAAAGGGUAAUGACAAAAUUUACAAAUACUGGGUAACCUGCGUGGGGAAUGGAAAGGGGGGGAAGGCGGGGGUAGCAAAAGCGCGCGAAAACACUACGGCCACCCUGGGACCCUAGGGACGAGGCUGCGGGCACCCAGCACGUUUUCGCGCGCUCUUUCCCUCUCUGUCAAACACCUGCUACGCUUGCUAAAUGCUGACAAAUACAAAGUGGGAAAUAAAGAUGUUGGUUUUACUUUGGUUAUAAAGAAAGACUAAAAUAGACACAAUAAAUAGUACCAAAAGAAAAUACUGAUCAGUAGCUUUUAAGUGAAAGGCCGGCCUACUGUCUCAUAGGUUAAAAAUUGUGGAAAUGUAACAGAUUGGUUAAGUUGACUUAGGAUGCAAGUUGUUAGGAAGCUUUAGCAUCGAAGACGUCGACAGCGGCGAAAACGCCACCUUUAAAAUGAAUUUGCUUUUUUUCAAACUUUGCCGCGUGUAUUCCAAUGCGCAGAAGUCAAAUGUAGGCGAAUCUUCCUGGAACUGAUUUCUUGGGGACCGAACCGACUUAGUUUAAAAAGAGAAAGAAAAAUUCGUCGCCGCUUGUUUAUUCGGGACCUUGAGCAAAAGCGUUUUUGAGCGACGCGCGUCAACCGGAAGUGAGGCGUUUUCCAACUCAAACGCUAUCAAAUUUGAACUCCCGGGGGCGUCGUUGCUAACGCUCCCUACUAGUAUCUCCAAGAAACAGACAAUAACGUCCACUUUUUUCACUUUCAGGAAAUCUUACAGCUGCGAAAAUUGCAGAUGACAACCUUGACUUCAGUUAUUUGAGAGUAGCGAGUGAAGUGCUUGACAUUAUAGCAAAACCGUUUUUCGAUAAAAACAGCGCGAUCCUUCUGAAUGCAGGGUUACAUUACUUGGAAAGCACAAACUUUUCUAAUUAUCAAAAGACUAUUUCCUCGUUGAUACGGCUCUUCGACGAAACAAAAGUGGUUAGGAGAGCGAAUGGAGACGGCCUUUUUCCCGGAGAAAUGAUCUGGAGAACAACGACAGCGUUGAAUAAACAUAAGCUUGACGGAAAACACAUACAAGGGAGGAGAUUUUUAACGUAUCAGGUACCAAAUGUUCCUACUUUGCCUUGUUUUGUUUGCAAACUAUGAUUUAUGGUCAUUUUUUGGCGCAAGUUAUGUUAUUCUAUUCGUCAUUUGGAACUUAAUGGUGACUAACUAUCAUGAAUUUUGUCUUAAGAUAAAAUCCCCCACCCCUCAAGGAACUGAUCUAUAUAUAAAAUUUUCUCAUAGACUAAUAAGAUUCCAGGUCCUUUUAGGUUCAAGACCUUUUUGACACAUGGAUAAUCUCAAUGUACAGUCCAGAUGAAGGUUUAAGACAGUAAAGGGUAAUGGCAAACGCUCUGUUCCUCCACAUCCGCAACCCUGAACCUUACAAUGGAUAAGCAUUGAUUGAAAAAAUGUCUAACAAGCUAGAGACGAAAGUCCCUUCCUUCUCCAUUCAUAAACAUGCAGAAAAAGGAGAAAAAAACCAGCAACUUCUUUCCCAGGACCCCCUCGUACUCGUCCCGCUACGGGAUACCUGGCAACGAGGUUGACGCAACAGCGGUAUCUAUGCACAUAAAAACUAAACUAAACAGAACAAUCAUCAAUUAUUUUUUUCUCUCCUAG